AUGGCGCCCGGGCUGCUGAGCACCGCGUUGCUGUUGGUGGGGGGCGCUGUCCUCUACGCGGAGCAGCCCUCGUUCCCGGAAAGGGGCGGGCGCGACCGCCCUGGGGAGCAGGCCGCAGGUCCCGGGUGGUGGCCGGAGGCCAGGCGUGGGGGGCCCAGGCGGCCGCAGGGGCACCCCGCCCAGGGAAAGGAGAGGCCGGACGCGCAGGGCAAUUGUGGAACAGCACCACUUGUGGAUACGUUGAAAGGGUCUCGGAUUACAGGGGGCACAGACGCUCAGACGGGUGCGUGGCCGUGGCUAGUGAGCCUGCAGAUUCAGUCUGGACCGCUUCUCAGUCACGUAUGUGGGGGAAGCUUAGUGAAACAUAGUUGGGUCCUCACAGCUGCCCACUGCACUAAGGACGCUAGAGAUCCUUUAAUGUGGAGAGCUGUGCUUGGAACUAAUGAUAUAGCUGGGCAUCAUCCACACACCAAGAUUAUAAAAAUUAAAGCAAUCAUCAUCCAUCCAGACUUCGAUAUGGAAACUUAUGUAAAUGAUAUUGCACUUUUUCAUUUAAAAAAAGCAGUAAGGUAUAAUGACUAUAUUCAGCCUAUUUGUCUACCUUUUGAUGUUUUCCAAAACCUGGAUCGAAACACAAAGUGUUUUAUAGGUGGCUGGGGAAGAACAAAAGAAGAAGGUAGUGCUACAAGUAUGUUAAAGGAAGCAGAAGUGCAUUAUAUUUCUCGAAACAUUUGUAAUUCUGAGAUGAGUUAUGGGUCUAUAAUUCCCAUAACUUCGUUUUGUGCAGGUGAUGAAGAUGGAGUUUUUGAUACUUGCAGGGGUGAUAGUGGUGGACCAUUAAUGUGCUACUUUCCAGAACAUAAACGAUUUUUUGUAACGGGAAUUACCAGUUACGGAUAUGGCUGUGGUCGAAAAAAUUUUCCUGGUGUCUAUAGUGGGCCAUUCUUCUACAAAACAUGGCUGACAGGCCACCUCAACAAGGCAAUCAAUAAAGGCAUAUUUAAUAUAAAUAUUCUACUCGGACAUGUCCUCAUCGCCUUAUGUUCUGUUAUCUUACUAGCAACUCCAUAA